AUGACUCAUCUUUCUAUAAUUCACCAUUUUACCACUAUUGGCAGAGGAGGAGGAAUCUUUCACUUUUUAUUUUUAUUUAUUUUUAUAAUCGUUUUUACAGACUUUUACAGGGGACAAAAAGUAAAGUAAAAUAUGUCAAAGUUGUCAAACUAAACUGCUUUUUUUCUUUCCCGCUUUUUUGCCUGUUCGUGAUGAGAGGUUUUGACUCUAUUUGUGAACAAAGUUACAAACCCCUGCUUUCUGUGCUCCUCUUUCCCCUGCUACACUACAAUAUUUAUACCAGAGAAAAACAGCAUCACCUUUAAUUUAAAAAACAAAUUAAAUCCAACAGAGAUCAGCAAAAACAGGAAGAGAUUAUGCAAGAUUUUGAGUGUGCUACUAAAACCCAAAAAAAAGCAGAAAAGCAUGACCCACCAAAGAGGCCCAUUGCUUUGGACAAUUGCAAUCUGUGUUUGAACACCACCUGUUUGACAAAAGAAAAAAAAAAUGGCCAAAGAAGUUCACCAACAGCAACAUCUCCAACUGGGUUCCCGUCUCUCUUCCCAGUUCUCUCCCUCAACCCCACUAAUACCAUUUUUUUUUCUUUGCCUUGACAUUCCAUUAAUUUUCUCUCUUGGGUUGCCUUCUUUCUCUCCAUGGAUCGCAGUGACAAGCAGCAACAGCAGCUCUCCUUGGCUAAGAGUUCGCGGCAACAGCGAAACAAUGAAUGGAUUUUCCGGGAUGUUCCCAGUGAUAUUACAAUACAAGUGAAUGGAGGGGCUUUCUCACUACACAAGUUUCCUCUUGUUUCUCGAAGUGGACGAAUCCGAAAGUUAGUCGCUGAACAUAGGGAUUCUGAUAUCUCAAGAGUGGAGCUUCUUAAUCUACCAGGAGGUGCUGAGUCAUUUGAGUUGGCAGCAAAGUUCUGUUAUGGUAUCAACUUUGAAAUCACUUCUGGAAAUGUUGCUCAGCUUUGCUGUGCUUCUGAUUACCUUGAAAUGACUGAAGAGUUCUCAAAAGACAAUCUUGGUUCACGUGCUGAAGAAUAUCUUGAAUGCAUUGUCUGCAAGAACCUUGAAAUGUGUGUUGAAGUUUUGCUGCAAUGUGAGAGUUUACUCCCUCUGGCCGAUGAGCUGAAGAUAGUUAGCCGCUGCAUCGAUGCAAUAGCCUCAAAGGCUUGUGUAGAGCAAAUUGCUUCAAGCUUCUCGCGGUUGGAGUAUAGCAGCUCAGGGAGGCUUCACAUGAACAGGCAAGCCAAGUGUGAUGGGGACUGGUGGAUAGAAGAUCUUUCUGUUCUUCGAGUCGACUUGUACCAAAGAGUCAUAACAGCCAUGAAGUGUCGUGGAGUUCGCCCUGAGAGUAUCGGUGCAUCUCUUGUGAACUAUGCCCAGAAGGAGUUGACAAAGAAGUCCAGCUUAUGGAACCCAUCUGGCCAGACAAAAGUUGAUGUAAUUCCAGCUUCAACUGGACACGAAAAACUUGUGGUUGAGACAAUUGUCGGCCUUCUGCCCGUUGAGAAACUUGUUGUUCCGAUUACUUUCCUAUUCGGGCUUUUGCGAAGUGCUGUAAUGCUUGAUUGCACAAUUGCUUGCAGACUUGAUCUGGAGAGGAGGAUUGGCUCCCAGUUGGAUAUUGCCACUCUUGAUGAUCUUCUGAUCCCUUCUUUCAAGCACGCAGGUGAUACUUUAUUUGAUGUGGAUACAGUGCAUAGGAUUUUAGUUAACUUUUCUCAGCAAGACGACAGUGAAGAAGAUAUGGAAGAUGGCUCUGUCUUUGAAUCAGACAGUCCUCAUUCGCCGUCCCAAACCGCUUUGUUUAAAGUUUCAAAGUUGUUGGACAAUUACCUUGCUGAAAUAGCCCCUGAUGCAAACCUCAAGCUUGCUAAAUUCCUAGUCAUUGCUGAUGCUUUACCCGAGCAUGCACGAACGGUUCAUGAUGGGUUAUAUCGAGCCAUUGAUAUUUACUUAAAAGCCCAUCAAGGCUUAUCAGAUACAGACAAGAAGAAGCUGUGCAAAAUGAUUGAUUUCCAAAAGCUCUCACAAGAAGCUGGUGCACACGCUGCACAGAAUGAGCGCCUCCCUCUGCAGUCAAUAGUACAAGUGCUUUAUUUUGAGCAAAUAAGGCUCAGAAAUUCCUUGGGCUGCUCAGGUGAAGAUGAACCCAAGCCAAUGCACCAGUCAUGGCGGAUCAGCAGUGGUGCACUCAGUGCAGCAAUGUCUCCGCGAGACAACUAUGCAUCAUUGAGGAGAGAAAACCGUGAGCUAAAACUUGAGCUAGCUCGGUUACGGAUGAGACUAAAUGAUCUUGAGAGAGAACAUGUCUGUAUGAAGAGGGACAUGGAGAAGUCCAAUUCUCGUAAAUUUAUGAGUUCUUUCUCUAAGAAACUUGGCAAGCUGAGCUUCUUUGGACAUAGUUCUUCAAGGGCAUCCACUUCUCCAUCGAGGCAGUCGUAUAGAACUGAUUCUAAAGUGAUUGAGAGAACGUGUGCAAGCACAGAUUAGGUAAUUCACAUUACCAGGGAAACUAAACUUUUAUGCUUUGUUGAGUAAGUGCAAGCCAUGCUCAAUUGUUAUGACAUUUUUUACUUCAAUAUGCCUCUUUUGGCCACCUUGUAAAUAAGAUUUGGUGCUUUGAGUUAGCAAUAGCAGGGAAAGCUUCUUGAUUGUAAUUUGGGUGAGUACAGUUUUGACAUUUGUUUAAACUUUAAAUCAUUAUAUUGGUUUCUGAUUGACAUG